UCAAACCUGUGGGUGGAGCCAGUGUCCAUAUUUUGAAGCAAAAUGCUAUGGGCAAAAACAAUUUUGCAUGACGUCAUAUACGUACAAAGUAUUGUCUUGUGGGAAUUAGCGGGAAUGUGCAUUUUGUUUGAAAGGACUGUUUAUUAUUCCUGUGAAUACUUACGCAUACUCGAUUACUUGCCAUUUUGCUAUCUAUAACCUGCAGAUUUUGCCACCAAUCUGACUUACAAGAAAAAACAUUUUUCUUCUUUUUUUAACCAUUUUCCACUGUAAAAGUUUUGUUUAAUAAUUUGGUCUUGCGUGCAGAUUUUCAUUUAGGAUCAUAUUAAUGAGCAAAAGUCCGAUGUGAGAAACAUGAGAAACGCUCGCCGGACGUCAUGUAGAAAGGGAUUUUCGGAGGAAGAAUUUGUAGGAAAGCGAAUCGGAGGCGGGGCGCUGGACGGAUAGGGAGCGAAGGAACGAAAAGGAAAGUGAAUUAUUUGAAUGGGCCCAGAGGAUCCAGGAGCGCGCUUGCUGUGUGAAAGACGAAAAAAGGGUGCAAAAACGCAAUAUUUGAGAAAAGGGUGAAGGAGAAAUUCAAGCCCUUUCAGGAGUUGGAUAACUAACGAAGUGCAGAGAAACGCUGUGGGAUUUUUUUUCUUUCAAAGAAACGGGUAAGGGACGGGGCCACCUCGUCUUUUUGGCGACGAGGGGAUCGGUCGUAUGUCGGUUUGAGGAAUUCUUGGAAAGCUGGUUGCUGCGCAUGGAUUGAAAACAUUUUUUUCACUCACAUUUCUGAUUUCAUAUUUUUAGUGAGAUUUUUUUUCCUCAGGACCACAGGGAUAAUUCUCUGGGAAAACAGUCGGUAGACCCGCAGAGAUGGACACAGGACCAAGCCAAACGAAUAAGAAUGGGAGUCGUUUGGGUUAAUUGGACUUUGUUUUGAGAGUUUCUCCCCACUCCUCCCUCCCAGCCACCGCCUCUCCCUCUGUCCUUCUCCUCUCCCUCUCCUCCGGCCUCCAAGAUAGAUUCCCUCAGGAGUAAGGUAGACCUGCUGAAGCUCCCGCUCGCCCUCUCUGCCAAAUCCCUCUCUAAGCGGAAGAGCCAGCAGGGCGGCGCCGGGGAGCGAGGGAUCGGGGGAGGGGCGCAGAAGCCCUGCCCAGCCGGCCGCCAGAGAGAGAGAGAGAUGGACACCGAGUCGCAGUACAGUGGCUACUCCUACAAGAGCUCCCACUCGCGGAGCUCCCGCAAGCACAGGGAGAGGAGGGAGCGCCAUCGCUCUAAGAGCAGAGAUGGCAGCAGCAGCAGAGGGGACAAAUCCGUCACCAUCCAGGCCCCCGGAGAGCCCCUCCUGGACAACGAGAGUACCCGUGGGGACGACAGGGAUGAUAACUGGGGCGAGACCACCACGGUGGUGACGGGCACGUCCGAGCACAGCGUCUCCAACGAGGACCUGACGCGCGUCUCCAAGGAGCUGGAGGAGUCGUCGCCACUGGAGUGCCGUCGGUGGGCGGGGCCCGUGGUCAGCGGGUGCCUGGGCCUGUUCGCCAUGGCGACGCCGCUGGCCUUCCUCCUGCUGCCGCAGCUGCUGUGGCGGGACCGGCUGGAGCCCUGCGGGACGCCCUGCGAGGGGCUCUACGUGUCCCUGGCCUUCAAGCUGCUGGUGCUGCUCAUCUCGUCCUGGGCGCUGUUCCUGCGGCCGCCCCGCGCCACCCUGCCGCGCCUCUUCGUCUUCCGCGCGCUGCUCAUGGUGCUGGUCUUCCUCUUCGUGGCGUCCUACUGGCUGUUCUACGGCGUGCGCGUGCUGGAGCCGCGCGAGCGGGACUACCGCGGCAUCGUGGAGUACGCCGCCUCGCUGGUGGACGCGCUGCUCUUCAUCCAGUACCUGGCGCUGGUGCUGCUGGAGGUGCGCCACCUGCAGCCCGCCUUCUGCCUCAAGGUGGUGCGCUCCACCGACGGCGCCAGCCGCUUCUACAACCUGGGGCACCUCAGCAUACAGAGAGCUGCAGUGUGGGUUCUAGAGCAGUACUACAGUGAUUUCCCUGUCUACAACCCGGCCCUGCUUAACCUGCCCAAGUCCAUCCUCUCCAAAAAGAUGUCUGGCUUCAAGGUCUAUUCCCUUGGAGAAGAGAACAGCACCAAUAACUCCACAGCCCAGUCUCGGGCAAUGAUAGCGGCUGCCGCUCGUCGCCGUGACAACUCCCAUAACGAGCUGUACUACGAGGAGGCCGAGAUGGAGCGCCGAAUUCGUAAACGCAAGGCCAGACUGGUGGUGGCAGUAGAGGAGGCCUUCACGCACAUUAAGCGGCUGCAGGAGGACGAGCCGGCGGCGUCGUCGCCCAAGAGCGCGCGGGAGAUCAUGGACCCGCGGGAGGCGGCUCAGGCCAUAUUCGCGCCCAUGGCCCGUGCCAUGCAGAAGUACCUGCGCACCACCCGGCAGCAGCCCUACCACAGCAUGGAGAGCAUCCUCACACACCUGCAGUUCUGCAUCACGCACAACAUGACGCCCAAGGCGUUUCUGGAGCGUUACCUGAGCCCAGGCCCGACGCUGCAGUACCAGAAGGAGAACAGCAGGGGGCGUGAGUGGACGCUGGUGAGCGAGGAGCCGGUGACCUCCGCCCUCCGGCAGGGCCUGGUCUUCUCCCUGCGCCGCCUGGACUUCGCCCUGGUCGUCACGGUGAUGCCCAUCCCCUUCCUGCGUCUAGGGGAGGAGUUCAUUGACCCCAAGAGCCACAAGUUUGUGAUGCGGCUGCAGUCGGAGACUUCCGUGUGAUGCGAUUCGCUGACCUCACCGGCGGCUGUUUCCUGACACGCGGUAGCUCCCCACCCUUCUCUCCAGAAACCAUACAGAACUCAGUGCUAGCUGCACAAAAGUGUAACACCAGCUCAUUGACCAGCCUAGUAGGAACAUCAGCAUAUUAACCAGUAGUCUGGACCCGUCAGCAAUGGGUAACUAUUGACCAAUCACUGGCCUGCUUUCCUUAUGGUUGUUGGAGGACCAGGCAGGUCUCGUUCUGGGGACCCAGUGAAGGGACACGUCCCCCAUCCCCAAGCCAUGCCCAACCUUUAAUCCUUACUCCCCCCCCCCC